AUGGCUCAUCAUUCUGGGUAUAGCAGAUCUGCUCAUAGAGGUCAUUCUCACUUUCGUCAGAUUUCAGAAUUUGCUGUGAGGAGGAUUUCGUUUGUUCAUGGACUGUCUGCACUGGAGCUGGAGGGAGAAGGUAUUGCGAUGGUGUCUGAAGAGUCGCCGAUUGAAGUUGAUAAUAAGGGAAAUUUUGAUCAAGCUGUUCAGUUCUGGAAGGAGCAAUUGAGGCGGGGAUGCCCUCCAUAUCUGAUAACCUACACAGUUCUCAUUGAGCUAGUCUGCAAGCAUUGUGGAGCUGUUAGGGCCAUGGAAGUGUUGGAGGAUAUGGCAAUUGAAGGAUGUUAUCCUGAUCUUGUUACCUACAAUUCAUUGGUCAAUUUUACUUGUAAACAGGGGAAGUAUGAAGAUGCAGCAUUGAUCAUUUAUAACAUCCUGUCUCAUGGAAUGGAGCCCAAUGCUGUAACUUACAAUACGCUUCUGCAUUCUCUUUGUAGUUCUGGGUUAUGGGAUGAAGUAGAUGAGAUUCUUGAAAUCAUGAAAGCAACUUACCAUCCUCCUACAGUAGUUACUUACAAUACACUGAUUAAUGGAUUGUGUAAGUCUGGACUUGUGGACCUCGCCAUUGAUUUCUUUCUUCAAAUGGUUCAUGAAGAUUGUUCACCUGACAUUGUUACUUAUAAUACUCUUCUUGGUGCAUUAUGUAAAGAAGGAAAGGUGGAUGAGGCCCUUCAAUUACUUGGCCUUUUAAGCUUUAGCAGCUGUUCUCCUGGGUUGAUAACUUAUAAUACUGUUAUUGAUGGAUUGACUAGAUGGGGCUGUAUGGAGAAAGCAAUGAUGUUAUACAGUCAAAUGAUAGAAAAUGGGAUCACUCCAGAUGGUAUUACCCAUCGUUCAUUGGUAUGGGGGUUUUGCUCAGCAAAUCAAGUUGAGGACGCUAUCGAGCUGCUGAGAGAGAUGGGAAAGAGAGACCACAGGAUCAAUAUUAGUGCUUACAAGUUGGAAAUUGAUGGUUUAUGUAAAAAGAAGAAGGUGGAUAUUGCAAUACAAGUUCUGGAAAUUAUGAUCUCAAGUCGAUGCAAGCCAGAUGAAGAAAUUUAUUCUAUUCUAAUUAAAGGCCUGGCAGAUGCUGGUAUGAUCAAAGAGGCUAAUGAAUUGCGGCAGAAGUUGAUAAACAAAAAAGUUCUUAAUGAUCAAAUUAUAUUGGAUUAACAGUUUAUGCAAGAGGGGUGGUUUGAGCUCACUUAUAGCCUUGGGGUUUAAUGCAGGAAUGUUGUGUAGUUAUUUCCUUGAACCUAGCUCAGGAUCUUUAUGACAUGCAAAGCAUGUUUGAAAUGUUUUGGCACAUUAUAGAGUUGUAUUUUG